AUGCUCGUCUAUUCUCCGAAUGACGUCCUCUCGGAACUUGAUUCGAUGAUUGCGCUCUAUGACAAACAGGAGGUGUCUCCGACACGAAUACAACAAGAUGGUGCUCUAAGGGGAGAGAAAGGACUGUCUAUUCCUCGCGUGUUCCAAAAGAUUUGGACAACCGAGGGCAAAUUAGCAUUGUGGAGAGGCACUGGAGCUACUCUUGCAAGGAAUGUUCCCGGCGUCGCGUUGUACUAUACGUCUCUCCAACAAGUACGAUACACAUUUGCAGCCGUAUUCCCUUGGGCUGUUGCGUCGCAGAAAACGACGCAGGCCGCGAAUGGAAAAGUGUCGACGUUGCCAGUGCUCAGCCAUGGAGGGAACAUGGCCGCAGGAGCACUGACGCGUACAGCAAUUGGACUCGUAUUGAAUCCCUUGACGAUUGUCAAGGCGCGGUUCGAGAGUAACUAUUACUCGUACAAUAGCAUCACGCAAGCUGUAAUGUCCCUGUCACGAGAGGGGCCACGCAUGCUCUUCCAGGGCUUUACAGCGACUGCGCUCCGGGAUGCACCUUAUGCCGGUAUAUUCCUCGUGGUAUACGAAGGAUUCAAGCAGCAAUUGGAGGCGAACUUGAGACUUGAACAAUUUAUGUACACGACCCGUCCGACGACGCGCACGACCCGUAGAACAGACGCCUCUAGCCCAACGCCCGCGAGUGGUCCCCUGGACAGUACACACACGAGCUCUAUGACGCCCAGAACAGCCGCGACACGCGCUCCUCACCGUGUGACUGUGCGCAAGACGGCGCAGCAGGUGAACAGGCUCCAGGAGCUGUGGCAGCAGACGACGACGCCGACAAAGGAACAGCGCGAGCAGAUUGCAGAUGAGAUUGGACUUGAUGUCCGCAUUGUAUCCACCUGGUUCAGAGACGAACGAUCAAAGCUCACCAGGCAACGAGCAGAGCAACAGCGCGCAGAGCGAAACGCCGCCGUCGCCUCGUCGACCGUCUCGGGCCCUAUUCGCUCAGCUCGCAUUGCAACAGCAGCCACGACAGCGACCCGUAGAUUCCAGUCUGAUGGGCCCUCUGAAUUGGACGAAGACGACGAGCACCAGCAGCAGCACCAGCAGCACCAGCAGCAGGCGCCGCUCCCGCCUCUGUUCGACAGGCACACUCACCACCAUCACCAGCGCGCGUCUCCAGUGACCGCGACGACACCUAGGCUAUCCUUUACAAAGAGCCCCCGUUUCUCACCUUACCCGCUCUCCCCAGCAAGGCCCGGAGGCGCUGCGGCCACGAUGGCGGCUGCGUCGUCGAGCAUGAGGCCUGCGCCGCAACGCCAGCACCAACAGCAUGCGUUGGACACCUUGGUCCGUCCCUCGAUGCCGAUCGACAUUCAUCGCCCGGCCCAUCACCGCAAUCAGCUCUCGGACAGUGAAUCGACCUAUGGUUCACCCGGUACGUACGCCUCGCGUCUGCCUCACCAGCCUCUGUCUGCAUACGCAUCGUCACUGACUAUGUCCUCCAUCAUUCCAGGCUUCCCCCGCCAGUCUGUACCAGCUCCGUCAGUGGCGUCAAGUGAGGAUACGUCUGAGGAUGAAUUGGACGACGAGGACGAAGCGCGAUCCGACCUCUUGGGUUAUCGAAUGAUGCACGACGUGCGCGACUAUUCACCCCGCACUCCUUCCCAUAUGCCAUCCUCACUCCCUUCUCCACGCGUUAUGCAUGCGCCAUCGACAAGCAUACCGUCUGGCGGUCUCCCUCCGAUUUCGACCCUCGGUCUCGGCGUCCAUGGCUCGUCGUUUUCCCCCCUCCCGCACACAAAGACCUUGCCACAGCUCUCGCCCUUCCGGACGCCCAUCACCCUCCCGACCGACAGCGGAAAGACGUUUACGAUCGAACCUCUGCCCAUCAUCACGGGCCCUCAACCGGCCAGAGACAGUUCAUGGCGCUGGAACUAUUACGACAAGGUCUCGAGCAUGCGCCAGACACUCUCUGGCAAGCUGUACGCACAUGACCCCGUCAAGAGCUCAUCGACUGUCCCCAGCCACAUGAGACGGGCAGAUGACUCUGACGAGGAAGACGAACUCCUUUCGGAAGAGGGUCCGUCUCCCAUCUCGUCUCCCCUCUUCCGACAUACCCGACUCGACAGCAGCAGCAGCACGGGCGGGAGCAUGUUUGACCGGCUCGGCGGCUUGUUUACGGGCAGUGGUGGUACUGGCAAGAAGCAGCUCUUUGCCUCUUCGACCGCCAAUGGCGACAAGACGAUGUAA